AGGAGCGGCUGGAACCAGCGCAGCUAGCGGCGUCCCUGUCCACUCGACUCGCCUUAACUUAACUUGCUUGCGCUACCACGACAAAAAAAAAAAAUAUGAAUGCUAUAUAACUAUUUUGUCUUGGCCAGACUACUUGGUACAAAACCGUUUACUAAGCUGGAUUAACCAUGAUGCUUGCUCGGUUUCCAUACAAUCGCUCACCCUAUCGGUGACAGUCGCCGGCAGCUGUUGUUGGAAAGGUUGAACCUGGUUCAACUUUGCCGAUCAUUCAGGGAUGGUCCAGAGUGCGAAGGGGUUUCAAAGGCUUAUCUAAUCGAUUUUAGAGCAGCUCUCCCCAACGACGGGGGAGCCGUGCCCUGCCCCCGAUCACCCCUCUGGCGCCACCCCUGCCGAUUUCGUUUCAGACGAAUCAAGGUGCAUCGACUAGCUACCCUGACGUAAUUAUGAAGGCACCCCGAAUCGGCAAAGUUAAACCAGGUUCAACCUUCCCGACAACUGUCGGCGCCUGUCGCCGAUAGGGUGAGCGAUUCUAUGGAAACCGAGCUUUACCUGGGAUAAAGCGGAUUUAUGUUACAGCCGAAUCCACAGCAGUCGUGGUGCUGAUAUUGCUCGAUGGGGGUUGAUAUUCCAAACUAGAGAAGGAAGGGGAUGGGUGCGAUGUCACCAACGUAUGGCCGAUGUUCCCGACAAGUGCCGAUGUCCCUGACGGGGAAAUAGGUGAUGUCCCUCCAAUCCAUGAAUGCAGAAUAAUUUGGAAGAAGGCAUUAUCUCCACCAAACAAUUAACAGAUCAUAAUGACCCAAUCACAGAAGACAAUUACGCAUAGUUAAUUAGUCAUGAUAGCAUGUAAAUGCACAUAAUGCCUAGCUUUACUUCGGUUUAAAAAAAUGGCAUAUUAAAGAAUCUUCCACCACUAAUGAGCGAGAAUAAAAAAAGGCCUUUUGGAGGAACAUGCCUGUUGGCGAUUUCGCAGAUUUGAUUGAUAAUUGAGUGAAAAAUCAGGCCAAUAAUUGCAAUAAAAUACAGAAAAUAUCAUUAUAUUGAACGCUGAUUAAAGUUAUAAAAUCACAAUAAAAAUAAAGAAAAGAAUAUUUCAUUAUCUUCAAUGCUGUUAAAGUAAUAAAAUCACAAAAAAAUUAAGAAAAGAAUAUUUCAUUAUCUUCAAUGCUGGAAAAAUGAUGUUGACAAAUAAAAGGGAAAACCUACAACUCGUAUAACUUUGAUUCAUUUAGAUUAUAUUUAUCUGCCACACCAUUUUAUAGAACCUCUCAUUUACCUCACCGAAUAUUGUCUUUAAUUUCGAAUAAUAGCUUAAAAAGUAUAAUUUUUGUAUUUGGGCACUUUUUACAUGAUUCGUAAAUAUAUGAAGAUUCGAAAUAUGUAACUUCGCGUUUGUAAAAUAGAAGUCUGUAAAUUUAAUAUAUGUAAAUUAGAGGUUAAUAUUAUUCUUCAUAAUAUAACCAUCAUAUAUCAAUAUCAUUGUAUUCUGAUUGAAUAUAAAAAUGAUAGCAGCUUAAUUUGAACAAUAAUAAUUUUAUCUAAAUUAUACGUGUACAAUACAAUGACGACUCCUAAAUUGAUUAUAAAUUUAUACUAUAAUAUUAAUUUUCACUUACAUGGACUAAAUUUCGUGAAAUAUAUAAUUGACACUGGCAUACAUUAUUUGUACUGUAAUUUGGCUACGUAAGAUACACAUUUCACUGGAAAAACUGGAGUUAAUGCCUUACUUCAGAUUUUUCACGCACCAUUGACUCCUGUUAAAAUUUGGAAUAGUGCAUUAUCUCCAUUUAAAUAGGGUUAAAGAACAAAAAUCACCAUGAAAAUUAUUUAAUGUUUUUUAAUUAUAUGUUUAGUAUAUUUGCCAAAAAAAAUUACUAGAAUUCAUUUCCAGUAUAAAAGGCUAACGACAAACGCGUUUUGCUCAAUAACUCAAAACUAGGAUUUUGGAGUUAAUGCCUUUUUUCCAAAUCACGGCAGUAUAUUCUGUAUAAUUAUUUUGCAAGAUUUUUUUUUUUUCAGAGGGGUGUUAACACAGAUAGUGGAAGUACCUGCCAAGAAGAUGUCUUUGAAGGUGUUCACAAUUGUCCAGUCAAUCCUUGCUUAUUGUAUUAUUAUCUGGUUUUCCCAUAUCACCGUAGGCAGCAAAGGAAUGUUGCGGGCAGGAGCUAGCACACGAGCGCCGACGGGAGUUAAAUACCGGGGCCCUAAAACAAGCAUAAAGGAAAACUGCACCCUAGCAACCCCUGGAUGCACCACUGAUAUGAUUAGCUGUGAAUGCAAAACCAAAGAAAUAAACCUAGUAUGUAUCGAAAUCAACAACAAAGGGAAACCUUCCUACAAUGAGCAAAUUAAUGCUGAGCGAUACCACCCACGGCAAUUUGCAAGAAUUCAAUGAAAUUUAGUU